CCUCGAGCUUCUUUUCUCGAAAUCAAACUAUAAUCAUAUAAUUCUUCACCUUUUUGAACCAUGAUGAAUUCAAGAAUUUUCAUUACCAUCUUAUUAUCUUGCAUUAUUGCUUCGAUUCAUGCAUACGAUCCCGAUGCCCUACAAGAUCUCUGCGUUGCUGAUAAAUCUCAUGGAACCAAGUUGAACGGGUUCCCAUGCAAAGAAAUGUCAAACAUCACAUCGUCCGACUUCUUCUUCGCCGGAAUCUCAAGCCCCGCCGUCAUAAACUCCACGAUGGGCUCUGCCGUGACGGGAGCCAACGUGGAAAAGAUCCCAGGACUCAAUACUCUCUCAGUUUCCCUAGCACGUAUAGACUACGCGCCGGGUGGCUUAAACCCACCUCACACUCACCCACGUGCCACUGAAGUCGUUUUUGUCCUCGAAGGAGAGCUCGAAGUUGGGUUUAUCACGACGGCAAACAAGCUUUUCUCUAAAACUAUUAAACUUGGUGAAGUUUUUGUAUUCCCAAGAGGGCUUGUGCAUUUUCAAAAGAACAAUGGGAAAUCUCCAGCAUCUGUUUUGUGUGCGUUUAAUAGUCAGUUACCGGGAACGGUGUCUGUUGCGGCGACGCUUUUUGCGACGGAGCCUGCUUUGCCGGAAGAUGUGUUGACAAAGACUUUUCAGGUGGGAUCUAAGAUGGUUGACAAGAUUAAAGAAAGGCUUUCUACCAAAAAAUAAUUCAAUUAUAUGCAAUUGGUUCAUGAUGAAAACCUUUGAAUUUUUUUUCUUAUAAAUGUUGUGGUAACUAAAAACAAAUUAUUACUGUAAUUGACUGGUUUAUGUUGGUUUGCCAAAUAAAAUUUAUCCUUUACAAGGCAAAA